UAAUUUGUAAGCUUUUAGACGGCUGUUGGUAGAGUCACUCUUGAUGCUGCUAUAUACCGGCUGUUUGUCUCAGUACAUUUCUCGGAGGGAUUGACAACGUGAUGUCAGUAAGCUGCUGGGAGCAUUUGGAUGCGAAAGAAGUAAUUUCUCUCUGUGGGGCAGGGGAUGGUUCUGUGAAUUAUACUGGAUGAUUUUCGCUAACGGAAACAAACGAAUAUGAUCACCACUUUCUUCAGCUCUAAUGUCAAUGACAAAGAUCAUGAAACGGAACAGACUUUGACAAAGAACUGCAGUGGUUUUAAAACAAGUAAUUAACUCCUCUUCGUCAAUGUUCAAACUAAUUGUUUAUUGUGAUAUUUUUCUCCAAUACAACGAAACAAACGGAUGUAUUUGAGCUCCAUGGGACACUGAAUCUGAAAGAAACUAUCCUCAAUUAAAGAUGUCGCAAUUUUUCGACGCUUCUGAAGUUCCCGAGGAAAAGGGCGAAAAGAUACCCGUUUCUCUGAAAUGGUACCAGUGCGGUAACCUUGACUCUUCGCAGGGUCGGCGUAAUAACGCCGCUCUGAUCAUGGGGGUGGCGUUGAUGCCAGUGAUCGUCAUGAUCAUCCAGAACCUCAUCAACGUCUACAACAGCUCCAGCCACGUGAGCACAAUGGGGGACCUACGGAGUCAGAUUCUGUUCAGUACCGAGACAGGCAACGUCGUCCAUUUCUUGCAGAUAGAGAGGGGCACAUCUGCUUUGUACCUUAGUAGCAACGGAGCUGCAACUGUCUUUCAAGCUCUCCAUAGAGCCAGGGAAAGGUCUGACGAGGCUAUCAACUCUUUAUCAAUGUGGCCAUCGUCAUCAAUUCCACACUUCAAGACUCUGGAAACUUUCCACAAUCACAUCAAGGCAUUCAGAGAGACCCUGGAGCCGGGGACUGUCGCCGUAUCCGACGCCGUCAAGUUCUACACCGACAUCAAUGCUGUGAUGAUUAACUGGGUGUCGCAAAGCGUUCAGAAGUCCAGCACUGGGGACCUAUGGAGAACACUUGUUUCAUAUCAUAUGUUAGUGCUAAGUAAAGACCAAGCAGGCCUGGAACGGGCACUGGGAUCAACGUUUUUUACCAAAGGUGGUUUCAACCAGACUGAUCUUCUUGGUUAUAUGUCAAGGAAAAUACUUGGGGCCAACUACCUUGACCGCUGCAUGGAAUACGACAGCCUUCCAAAAUCUGUUCUCGCUAAAAAUUAUUCCAACACUGAAUUGGAAGCUAUUAUCACCGAGGACCGAAAGAGAAUUGAAAACAACAACGAAAGCAUUGCAUCAGUCGAAGCCGGUUCGGACUGGUUUGGAAAUAUGACGUUAUUGAUCAAUAUUCUGAAGUAUAUAGAAGAUUCUUUGUCUUCGAAAAUAGUUCUUCGUCUUGACCAGCAAAUACAGGACUUAAGGGAAGCUUUAACCGGAAUGAUUCUUGUGAUGGUAUUUGCCAUUUUGUUGACUCCAUUCGUUGUUUUCUGCAUAUAUCGACUCACAUGUCGCAUACAAGACUACGCCACGACACUCCGCGAGAAAACACGAGACUUGGAUAAAGAGCGCAGGCGCAGCCAGACGCUCUUGUAUGAACUACUUCCGGUGACAGUUGCAAAGAAAAUGAUAAACCAAGAACCUAUUGAACCGGAAUCCUACGGUAAUGUGACGAUCUAUUUCUCAGAUAUUGUUGGAUUCACUGUGAUAUCGUCCAAGAGCAGCCCAAUGCAAGUGGUGGAUAUGUUGAACAUGCUUUACCAAGCAUUUGACAAGCAGCUCGAGUUAUACGACGUGUACAAGGUGGAAACAAUAGGGGAUGCUUAUAUGGUGGUUUCCGGACUCCCUGUUAGAAAUGGGGAGAGGCAUGCGUCUGAGAUAGCCUGCCUCGCUUUGGAUUUACUAGACACCAUAUCGAGGCUCACCAUUCCCCAUCUUCCGGAGGAAUCUUUACGACUAAGGAUCGGUUUGAAUUCAGGACCAGUUGUGGCUGGCGUUGUGGGUACGAAGAUGCCUAGAUACUGUCUAUUCGGGGACACAGUCAACACAGCGUCCAGAAUGGAAUCAACCAGUCUGCCUCUUCACAUCCAGAUUACUGAAUCAACACAAAAAAGCAUUGCUUGUCCAAGGAGGGUUUGACAUCAGCCUUAGAGGUGCACUUGAAGUAAAGGGAAAGGGCGUGAUGACAACGUAUUGGCUCAGGUCAAGGACUUCCAUGCUGUCACAAAAUUACUCUGACAAUCUUCUUAUGUGACCAUCAGGGAGACAGACCAUCAUCUUUACCAUCAUCGGUGCCAUGCUGGAUAUUCCUUACUGCCAUUGGACGAAUAUUGGCAAGGAAUUGGAUUUCACUCUGGUGUUAAUUUUUUAUGUUUAUGUGCUUAUUUUAAAGUGUUUUCUACAUGUUUAUGAAAUAAUAUUUACAUAUUUAUGGAAUAACAGUUCAUUUCACACAGUGAAAGGCUGACGAUGGCCUUGCUCUCUUCUGAAUUACAGAUGAGGCCUCCCUCAGUUGAGGACUAAAUAUUGCCAAUAGUGUCUUGCAUGGGUUUAAAGAUUAAGACAUCAUGUGACCUCUGUGUUAGUAACCACGUGUCCUCAUCAACUGUGGUGAAUUAUCAGCAGCCAGAAACUAUGGACCUUUGACAAAGUGGUGAUAUUCGCUGAAGUAUUUGCAGCGCUUUUUUACGAAGCAAAAUUAAAUAAUGCUUGAGAAAGCCUAUAACCAAUUCCUUAUAAAUAUUCAAAGUCGCUGUCCAUAGCUGUGUCAGACAACUAAUGUAUGAUGGUUGGUUCGAUCACGGUUCGUUACGAGUUCGUACCUGGGGUUGUCAUCGCCGCACGUGCGUUUGUUGGUUCCCCUAAGUGGUGAAGGUCUGAGAGCUGCUUCACUUUGGGAUUUCCUCACCUCCUCGUGAUAAAACUGGAAUACUGUUAAACCCAACACACUCACUCACUCACAAUUUCAAGUACUUUUGAGUUAACUUAGAAAAGGCAUUCCAGAUCGAACGAACACCCGGUAUCUAUUACUGAUGUUUCUGUUUUGUUUCCCUUUCGGUCUGCUUUGAUCUGAAAUCCUUAAUGAAAGCAUGUGAAAACCCCGAUACAUAUUAUAAGCAAGUUGUAAACAAAUACGUAUGUUGGUCAUACGAUGAUGUUAGCAGAAGAAGAACAGAAGCAGUUUUAUUGACCAUGUUCGGACUGUUUCAUAACCCGGGUAGAGCCUCACUUUGAUGUAUUUUCUGAAGACCGGCGUAAAAACUUUGAUGUUUUUUCUAAAGAAGUGGCAUUUCUAUAGGGACCAGUCAGAAUUGAGUACCAUUACAUGAACGAUGAAAAUCCGUUCACCCAUGUGGAGUUAAAUGUUCUUUUAAUCUGAGAACACUUCUGUCUAGUUGCCAUCAUAACCUUAAAAACAAUCACCACAUGAUGUGGUAGCCAUUUUGUGAAUAGGUUCAGCAAGUCAUUUCUGUAUUGUUUUCAGUAUAUGUUUGCGCACAAACCCAUAAACAUCCACACUUUGAAUUAAUUUCUAAUCAAUAAAAGCGUCGAUAAUAACAGGUUCACAGGUUCCAUGUUUAAGCAUUAACACACAACACUGUAGACAACAGGCACGAAAUCAAUGGCAUCCUUUCAGUUCAGCUCCACAAGGGAACGCAGUUUAAUUAUCCGCUCAAAGGAUUGGCCUAUUUAUUGUAUGUUUAUGUAUACACGCAAACAAACUUGCUUGGUUUGUUAAUCCAAUACCGUGGAAUCAUAGACAUCGAUGUCGUCGGACAUAAUCGUUUAUUAAUCACUUGUUGCCAGAUUGUACUGAAACAUUUGUGUCUUACAUAUCUGUUUAUAUAACCUUCCAUGUUAAACCCUUUCGUCACGUACCUGUUAUU